AUGGAGCUUAGGUCCGGGCGUCACUUAGUGUACCCACCGCCGGCGCAGCAAGAAGGUGGCCAUCGCCGCCGGUCCCAGCAAAGCUCAGAGGACAGGAUCAGCGGCCUCCCUGAGGACCUGCUUCUCGAGAUUCUCAUCCGUCUCAGGUCCGCCGCUGGAGCUGCGCGCGCCGGAGCGGUCUGCCAUGGCUGGCGCGGCCUCUGGACUGAGCUUCCUGAGCUCACGUUCUGGUGCGCCAACCCCCAACCUGUCAUGUCUGUGCUCACCGGGAUCACCCGUCCCUCGCUGGACCUCCUCGAGAUCAAUUUGAUGGCGGACUGGGGCAAAGACUGGGCUGGCCAGAUAUCCUUGCUUCUCCGCGCCGCUGCACUUGUGUUGCCGAAGAAACUCAUCAUCUCUAUAUUGAUCCUCCCCACAAAAGACUAA